UAGAAUGAACUGUCUCGUUCCGAAUGACCGCCGGCAUCAUCAUCAUCAUCAUCACCAUCAUUGUAGGCUCAUCGUACGAAUGGUGGUGGUGGUGUAUCGUUAUCGAGAUUGUACGCGGUCUCUCCCGUCCACUUUCUUCUCGCUUUCCUGUUUUCUCUCUUUUCUUUCUCUCUCUCUCUCUCUCUCUCUCUUCAUAAUUCCCA